CGGGCGGCGGGGUCCCCGCGGGGCCGUGCCGGCAGCGGGAGGCUGGCGCUGGGGAGAGGAGGGCUCGGCGCGGCCACUCCUCCCUCUGCUCCGCUCCGGUUUGAAGGGUCGAGUGCCGGAGCUGGGGAGGAGAGAGCGAUGUGAGUGAGAGUCGGGCCGGGGCAGAACUCCUGCCUCUUCCCUGCUUUCCUUCCUCCAGCCUCCCCGCUCCGCUCUCGGGAGCAACGGAGCUCGUCUUCCCUUUCCAAUGGCCCCACCUCGCUUGGGAUUUCUGCUCCUCCUGGCUUGCUGCUUCUCCUGCUCUGAACCACAGCUCCUGGACUGGGUUUGGGACAGCGCGAAGACCACAGGAAGCCCAGCAGCACCCGGCAAGGGAAUCCCGGCGUCGGAGCCGCCAACCUCGGCAGCAGCUCCGGCUCCCAGCCCGUCCCCAGUGAGGUGGGGUGGCGAGGCGGCAGGGAAUGUCACCACUCCACGGCGGCAGGAGCCAGAUCCUGCUACAGCAGCGCCUGUGGGUGAGGGAACCACGGAGCAGUGGGACAGGAGUGCCACAGGGCUGCUGGAGAGCACGGCACGGGCAAGCAUCGCUCCUCCCCACAUCAUGUCACCUGCUCCAGGUCAGCAGGUGGCCAGCAGCCCCAGGAACAAGCCCCAGCUCCUGGGGACAGGGACCCCGAAGGACCUACAGCUCCUGGGGUCAGGGACCACUGAGGACCCACAGCUCCUGGGGUCAGGGAGCACCGAGGACCUGCAGCUCCUGAGGAUGAAGACCACCAAAGAACUCCAGUUCCUGGGAUCAGUGAGCCCCACGGAGCACUUGGGGACAGGGACUACUGAGGAUCUGCAGCUGCUGGGGUCAGGGACCACUGAGAACCCACAGCUCCUGGGGUCAGGGACCUCUAAGGACCUGCAGCUUCUGGGGUCGGGGACUACUGAGGACCUGCAGCUCCUGGGGUUGGGCACCACUGAGGACCUGCAGCUCCUAGGGAUGGUGAGUACUGCAGACCUGGGAUCAGUGAGCCCCAAGGAGCUCUUGGGGACAGGGACUACUGAGAACCUGCAGCUGCUGGGGUCAGGGACCACUGAGAACCCACAGCUCCUGGGGUCAGGGACCUCUAAGGACCUGCAGCUUCUGGGGUCGGGGACUACUGAGGACCUGCAGCUCCUGGGGUUGGGCACCACUGAGGACCUGCAGCUCCUAGGGAUGGUGAGUACUGCAGACCUGGGAUCAGUGAGCCCCAAGGAGCUCUUGGGGACAGGGACUACUGAGAACCUGCAGCUGCUGGGGUCAGGGACCACUGAGAACCCACAGCUCCUGGGGUCAGGGACCUCUAAGGACCUGCAGCUUCUGGGGUCGGGGACUACUGAGGACCUGCAGCUCCUGGGGUUGGGCACCACUGAGGACCUGCAGCUCCUAGGGAUGGUGAGUACUGCAGACCUGGGAUCAGUGAGCCCCAAGGAGCUCUUGGGGACAGGGACUACUGAGAACCUGCAGCUGCUGGGGUCAGGGACCACUGAGAACCCACAGCUCCUGGGGUCAGGGACCUCUAAGGACCUGCAGCUUCUGGGGUCGGGGACUACUGAGGACCUGCAGCUCCUGGGGUUGGGCACCACUGAGGACCUGCAGCUCCUAGGGAUGGUGAGUACUGCAGACCUGGGAUCAGUGAGCCCCAAGGAGCUCUUGGGGACAGGGACUACUGAGAACCUGCAGCUGCUGGGGUCAGGGACCACUGAGAACCCACAGCUCCUGGGGUCAGGGACCUCUAAGGACCUGCAGCUUCUGGGGUCGGGGACUACUGAGGACCUGCAGCUCCUGGGGUUGGGCACCACUGAGGACCUGCAGCUCCUAGGGAUGGUGAGUACUGCAGACCUGGGAUCAGUGAGCCCCAAGGAGCUCUUGGGGACAGGGACUACUGAGAACCUGCAGCUGCUGGGGUCAGGGACCACUGAGAACCCACAGCUCCUGGGGUCAGGGACCUCUAAGGACCUGCAGCUUCUGGGGUCGGGGACUACUGAGGACCUGCAGCUCCUGGGGUUGGGCACCACUGAGGACCUGCAGCUCCUAGGGAUGGUGAGUACUGCAGACCUGGGAUCAGUGAGCCCCAAGGAGCUCUUGGGGACAGGGACUACUGAGAACCUGCAGCUGCUGGGGUCAGGGACCACUGAGAACCCACAGCUCCUGGGGUCAGGGACCUCUAAGGACCUGCAGCUUCUGGGGUCGGGGACUACUGAGGACCUGCAGCUCCUGGUAAUGGAGCGCACCAAGGACCCACAGCUCCUAAGGACCACCAAGGACCCACAGCUCCUGGGCCAGGGGACCACUGAGAAUCUGCAGCUCGUGGCGAUGAGGAGCACUGAGGAGACUCAGCUGCCAAGAACAGUGACCAGCGAGAGACCAGAGCUCCUGGGCAACACUGAGAACCCACAGCUUGUGAGGAUGGUGACCACCGAGAACCCAGAGUUCCUGGGGACAGGAACUCCUACAGCAAUUGAGACACAGGUGUCCUUGCAGAGACCAGCGGGUCCCCAGACAGGUAGUGCCCCUUUUCCUUUCUCACCAGGUGACAGUACCCAUGAGCGGGCGGUGCCAUUCCAGGACCCCUUGGCACAACCUCCCCACCACCUCCAUGGAGCAUCACCGAACCUAUGGCAUGGCACCGGCCACUUGAGGCUGGCUCUGGCCAGCAGGAACGGGAGCCAGAGCCCCCCUUGGCCUGACCAGAGGGUGGAUAAGGGUGUGGAUCCUCCUGCUGCUUAUUCCUCCGUCCCUCUGGACUUCGACUUAUUAACCGCUACCAUGCAGCUCUACGGGAGCGGUGGCACGGGGCUCUCAUCCUUCUUUCCAGGACUGAUGCCAAUAGCUGGCCGUUGCCAGCCCAUCCCAACCCACCUGCCCGUCUGCAGCGUGCUGGGCACCAGCCAUGUCCGAUUGCCAAAUUACCUCCGGCACAGCAGCGAGGAGGAAAUUCAGGCGGCUUUGCAUGAGUGGGAGGGGCUGCUUAAGUCGCGGUGCCAUCGCUACCUGGAGUGGUUCCUCUGCUUGCUGCUGCUCCCUGGCUGUAGCCCCUCGGUCCCUGUAACCCCCCCACCGUGCCAGGGCUUCUGCGAGGCCGUCAGAGACCUGUGUUGGACUCACUUGGCUGGCGGGCGCCUGCCUCUGCCCUGCGAUGCUCUCCCUGAGGAGGAUGAAGGGGUUUCUUGUGUCUUUAUUAAUGCUUCUGCAGAGAGCCUGAGUGCUGAGGUCAGCCUGCUGGAGCUGAUCGGGGACCCACUGACGGAGGAGAUCCACAGAAUUUAUGGCCCCGACAACAACCCUGGCUACGUCUUCGGUCCCAAUGCCAACACGGGCCAGGUGGCCCGGUACCACCUGCCGAGCCCUUUCUACCGGGACUUCUCGCUGCUGUUCCACAUCCAGCCCACCACGCCCCGGGCCGGUGUGCUCUUUGCCGUCACGGACUCAUCGCAGAGCAUCAUCUACGUGGGCGUCAAGCUCUCGGAGCUGCGGGCGGGCCAGCAGCAGAUCAUCUUCUACUACACAGAGCCCGGCUCGCCCAGCUCCUACCCGGCCGCCACCUUCACUGUGCCCACCCUGCUCAACCAGUGGACGCGCUUCGCCAUCAGCGUGGAGGAGGAGGAAGUUAUCCUCUACCUGGACUGUGAGGAGCACGAGCGUGUCCGCUUUGAGCGCUCCCCGGAUGAGAUGGAGCUGGAAGAAGGCUCCGGGCUCUUUGUUGCUCAGGCUGGAGGGGCUGACCCGGAUAAAUACCAGGGGGUGAUUGCAGAUUUGAAGCUCCGAGGGGACCCGCGGGCGGCCGAGCGCCAGUGUGAGGAAGAGGAGGAUGAUGCAGAGGUCUCCGGGGAUUUUGGCAGCGGGAUGGAAGGUGGACAGCAACCGUCCGGCAAGGUUGAGGCUGUCCCAGGGCUGGUGGAUGCUGUCCCCGUGACCUCCCCCCCCGUGGCGGGGGGCAGUGGCCCGAGGAGUGGCGGGGGGUCCCCACAGCAGGCUGAGAGGACCAGAGCGGAGGAGAGGCUGCGGGUCUCCACGGGAGACACCAGCCGGAAAGGCGAAAAGGGGGAGAAGGGAGAACGUGGCUUGAAAGGGGACUCGGGGACCAGUGGCAUCAUAGGGCCAGGCAGUGUCAAGGGUCAAAAGGGCGAGAAAGGAGACCUGGGUGUCAAGGGCAGUGCUGGAUUUGGCUACCCUGGCUCUAAGGGCCAAAAAGGAGAACCAGGUGACCCUGGACCCCCUGGGACGCACUCUCGGCACGGUGAUGGCUUGGUGGUGGAGCAGGUCACUGGCCCCCCAGGGCCACCAGGGAAGGACGGAGCCCCUGGCAGGGAUGGAGAGCCUGGAGAUCCUGGCGAGGACGGCAAACCCGGUGAAAUGGGGCCCCCGGGGUUCCCUGGGAUGCCGGGGGAGCCGGGUCUGAAGGGGGAGAAGGGUGACCCAGGUGUGGGGCCGAGGGGACCCCCUGGACCACCUGGCCCUCCAGGACCACCGGCACCCCCCUCCAAGAAUGACAAGCUGACCUUCAUCGACAUGGAGGGCUCUGGCUUUGGUGGUGACCUGGAGAGCCUGCGGGGUCCACGAGGGCCACCUGGUCCCCCAGGGCCACCUGGCGUGCCCGGUUUGCCAGGAGAGCCAGGACGGUUUGGGAUGAACCGCACAGACCUGCCAGGACCACCGGGGCUGCCGGGCAGGGAUGGGAUCCCUGGGCCCCAGGGGCCAGUGGGUCCUCAGGGUCCUCCAGGAAGAGACGGGGAGGCUGGGCAGCCAGGCCCCAAAGGAGAGCAGGGCGAUGUGGGUGACCUUGGCCUCCCUGGCCUGCCGGGACCCAAGGGCAGCAAAGGAGAAACAGGACCAGCAGGACCCCCUGGAGAAAUGGGCUUAGCUGGCCUUCCCGGGCCCAUUGGACCCCGAGGGCAGCCAGGGCCCCCCGGCCCCCCGGGACCACCAGGGCCAGGCUACGAGGCUGGAUUUAGUGACAUGGAGGGCUCGGGGCUGCCAUUCACUCCUGGACCACCUGGACCUGAAGGACCACAGGGUGUGCCGGGACUGCCGGGGGUGAAGGGAGAGGUUGGCAGCCCCGGACAGCCUGGCUUGCCGGGACCAAAGGGAGAUGCUGGCAUGCCUGGUGUGGAUGGCCGCCCUGGCCUGGAGGGCUUCCCUGGACCACAGGGACCCAAAGGUGACAAAGGCAGCACCGGUGAGAAGGGAGAGCGAGGCCAAGAUGGAGUGGGGCUGCCUGGCCCCCCUGGCCCACCUGGUCCCCCUGGACAGAUCAUCACUGUGUCCAGUGAAGAUAAGUCCUUGUUGGCUUUUCCUGGUCCAGAGGGCAGACCAGGCCACGCUGGCUUCCCGGGUCCGGUGGGACCGAAAGGAGACCAGGGAUCAACUGGUCUCCAGGGUGCCCCAGGGUUGAAGGGGGAGAAGGGGGAGCCCGGCGUCAUCAUCAGCCCUGAUGGGACCGUGGUCACUGCCAAGGUGAAAGGAGAAAAGGGGGAGCCGGGGCUGCGGGGCCCAGUGGGACCAUCGGGUCCCCCAGGACGAGCAGGGAUGAAGGGAGAGAUCGGCUUUCCGGGCAGACCCGGACGUCCCGGCAUGAAUGGGCUGAAGGGCGAGAAGGGUGACCCCGCAGAUGUGCUGGGCUCACGGGGUCUUCCAGGCCCCCCAGGACCCCCUGGGCCCCCUGGACCCCCUGGCAGCAUAGUCUACAACAAUGGCAAUACCUUCAGCGACUCCAGCCAUCCAGCAUUCCCUGGUUUCCACCAGUUCCAAGGACAAAAGGGAGAGAAAGGUGACACUGGACCCCCAGGACCCCCAGGACAGUUCCCCUACGACGCAAGUCACUUCGGUGCCAGCAUGCGGGGUGACAAGGGGGAUGCAGGUCCCAAGGGUGAGAAGGGUGAGCCAGGCAGCACCCCACUCUACAGUCCUGGAGUCUCUGGCCUUCCAGGUCCUCCAGGGCCCCAGGGAUACCCCGGACUGCCAGGUCCCAAGGGGGACAGCAUUGUUGGGCCACCGGGGCCUCCAGGACCUCAGGGUCCUCCUGGGAUCGGAUAUGAGGGGCGGCAGGGCCCCCCUGGCCCUCCUGGUCCGCCUGGGCCACCCUCCUUCCCAGGUCCCCACAGACAAGCUGUCAGCAUCCCUGGACCCCCGGGACCACCAGGACCUCCCGGACCACCAGGCAUCAGUGGGAUGUCCUUGGGGCUCCGGGCCGUGCCCACGUACCAGGCAAUGCUGAGCGCCGCGCACGAGCUGCCUGAGGGUAGCCUCGUCUUCCUGACCGACCGGCAGGAGCUCUACGUCCGCCUGCGCGGGGGCUUCCGCAGGGUGCUGCUGGAGGAGCAGAACCUGAUCCCCAGUUCGGCUCUGGACAAUGAGGUUUACGACAAGCCUCCCACCCUCCACUACGCCGGCCCCCAGCCCCGUGGGCCCCUGCACCCGCUCCGCAACCACGUCCCCCCGGCCACUGCCCGUCCCUGGCGUGGGGACGAGGUGGUGGCCAACCAGCACCGCCUGCCCGAGCAGCCCCUGCUCCACCACCAGCAUGAGCUCAUCAAUGGCUACUACGUCCAGCGCAGGCCAGACCCUGCCCCUGUGGCCGCCCACGUGCACCAGGACUUCCAGCCUGCCCUUCACCUGGUGGCCCUGAACACCCCGCUGAGCGGCAGCAUGCGUGGCAUCCGGGGAGCCGAUUUCCAGUGCUUCCAGCAAGCCCGGCAGGUCGGGCUGGCCGGCACCUUCCGCGCCUUCCUGUCCUCGCGCCUGCAGGAUCUCUACAGCAUCGUGCGCAGGGCCGACCGUGCUGCCGUUCCCAUCGUCAACCUCCAGGAUGAAGUGCUCUUCAAUAACUGGGAAGCCCUUUUCACGGGUAGCGGGGCCCCGCUGCGAGCCGGCACCCGCAUCCUCUCCUUCGAUGGCCGGGAUGUCCUACGGGAUGCGGGAUGGCCGCAGAAGAGUGUCUGGCAUGGCUCGGAUGCCAAGGGCCGGCGCCUGCCCGAGAGCUACUGCGAGACAUGGCGGACAGAGGAGCGCGCGGUCACCGGGCAGGCUUCCUCCCUGGCCUCUGGAAAACUCCUGGAGCAGGUGGCCAGCAGCUGCCAGCACACCUUCAUUGUCCUCUGCAUUGAGAACAGCUUCAUGACCGCCACCAAAAAGUGAUACCCGCCCUGGCACCCCCCGAGUCCCCCGUGUCCCCGGGGAGGGUUGGGCCCACCUGCACCCUGGCACCCCUGGGCCCCUCAGCCCCCUCCAUGUGCCUGCUCUCACCCUGCAGGGUUUCCUUCUUCCGCAGACCUGAAGCCAAAGAGUAUUGCCAUGGCCCCUGCCCUGGGUCGGCAGGGGCUCAGGUCCCACUGGGAGCAGGGCAGCCAUAGGCUGGCGGCCUUCCUCCUCGUCCUCCUCUUCCUCUUCUAACUCCUAAUAUUUAACCACUUCAGCUUGUUCCCCUCCCUGCUCGGAUGCUCUUUUUGAGGUGGCUGAGUAGGAGGAUGCUUGGCAGGGAGAUUUCAGUGCUGCCAGGUGGGCUGUCCCCCACAAAAGCCUGUGGGGCCUCUCUCACCUGCCCCCUGGCCCCACGCUGUCCUCACCAGGAGCUUGGGGUUGGGCCCAAAUUCCUGCUGCUGAGGCCAAGGGAUCUUCUCCAGCCAAGACCCCAGCAUCCCACCCAAGGGAAUGUCCCAUGGCAAUGCUGGGGCUCUCCCAUAUAGUCUCCAUCCUCCCCAGAUAAGGACCAUCCCAUCAUCAUCCUCACCUCCACCUCCCAGCCAGCAGAGCUCUGGUGGGGGUCCCAUCUCCCCCAUCCCCAUCUACGCACCCUGGGGUCCCCUGGCUGUGCCCCCGCAGCCCAGGUACAGCCCAGGUACAGCCACAGCCAGCCCAGCACAGGCAUGGGGGUGACAGGGUGGCCCCGAGACGUGGCCAGCUGUGCCCUUGGCACGGGAUUUUCUAUGUGUGUGUAUGUUGAGCACAAGGGCAGGCACUGCCAUCCCCUCCACCCCGUGCCACCUUUGCUGGGCUCGAAUGGUGAAGGCACAGCAAAGCUGGUUGGAAUUGGUGUGGGCAAAUGCAAGGUGCUAAAAAAAAAACCAAAAAA